AUGUUGUCCAUCUUCCCAUCUGUCGUGCUCCGUUUUAGUCAGGGGACUGACAGGGAUUCACCGGACUCCGCGGAUCCUAAAGCGGAGCUCCAUGGACCUCACGCCCUCAUCCUCUAUGUAUCCAGCAGUUCUCGAUAUUAUCGUGUUAGUAUGCAGUCUAUUAGACAGAGAGCCAAGGCCCGUCCGGACCCGGUAUCAUGUCAAUCAUGUCGAUCGAAAAAGUUGAAAUGCAAUCGGAUCCAGCCGUGCUCGAAUUGUGCUGCACGCGGCAUCAACUGUCAUUUCCUAGUUCCGCCCCAAAGACGAACAGAGACGGCUACUACAGAACACAAUCUUGCGGAAAUUAUAGGAAGAAUUGAGCGAUUGGAAUCUGCUGUUCUCAAGUCGCCUCCUCUCGAAGCUCACUCACAGCAUGCGUCCGAUGGCAACCGUCGUCACGCAAAUCUAUCGUCAUCCACCCCCAUUUCAGGUCACAUCGUGGAGCCUGACGUCCACCACAAUCGAGACAAAGAUUCACAUUUCCUAGAGAAUAUUGGAACAAGAGAAGAUGAACUAAUUUCUCCCUUAUCUUGUAGCUUAGUCUUUAGAAUCGGCGGAGCACACGAAAUCCAUAAAAUGCGAGUCCCUGUCCAGCAGACAGUAGCUAUCCCUGAUCAAUACCCGUUGAGCAAUACCAUUGUGACAUUUCCAACAUACCGAGAAGCAACCCUACUUUUCCAGAAUUUUGAAUCUAAUAUAGAUCACAUGUGUCGCAUUUUACACAUACCUACUAUCCGGUCUCUUAUCAAAACGGUUUAUAUGAAAAUUAGCCAAGGCGAAUCUAUUCCGCUUGGACAAGCUGGUUUGCUGCUUUCUAUCUUUGCGCUUUCUGGGUUCUUCUAUCGGUGCUCCGAGGAUUCCGAAAUAGCAACUAAUGAACAAGAGGCUGUACAUAUCUCAAAGGCCAUAGGCAAGGCUGCCUUAGAUGUCCUAGAUUAUUCACGCAGGAAUACGUCAGGCACAUUGGAAGAUGUCCAAGCCUACAUCUUCAUUUCUCUCCUUUCGUUCCAUCUUGAUGGAUUUUCGGCAAGAGGCCGUCUUUUAUCAACUACGGCGGCUUCUAUUGCUAGGGAUCUUCGUCUACAUCGGUUAGAUGCCGAAGACGAGAACACUGCUGAGAAGACGUCCAGCGUCCGUGCUUCGAUAGAUCGCGAGGUUAGACGUAGAGUAUUUUGGCAUAUUGCAGCCGAAGACUGGUUACAGUCAACCAUCAGCGGACCUCAAGAGGGCAUGUACUUCAUUCAUCCGAAUCAUAUCAACGUCAAGCUUCCAAAAUACCAUUUCCAUGACGAAAUUUCCUUGAGCGAGGAGAAUGAGUCCAUAGACGGUCCUCCACCAAGUGGCAUGGCUUUUCUUCUCGAAAGGAUUCGACUUGCACACCUGUGUAGAGAAGUGGCUGACACAGUACCACUGGAUACAUCAAAGGCUAUGGAGAUGCCAUAUGAGAAUAUCAUAGCUCUUGAUAAGAAACUACAAGAUUUUAUCUCAAGUCUUCCUUUCUUCUUUAAGACUGACCCCGAAAGUCGGGAGAAGAGUAGGAUAUUCGAGACAGUAUAUCCUUACAUCCCUCAUAUGAGAUAUGCCAUCACCAACGCAGCUCAUAGUAGACGGUGCAAGCUACACCAAAGAUUUCUACUACGACAGUCUCAUGAUUCCCGGUAUUCUUACUCGAGAUUGGCUUGCUUAGAAUCAGCAUGUGCCGUCAUUCAGGGGUACGAAGAUCCGACCGAGUUUGAUUCACCUGCUUACGCGACAGCCCGAAUGGGACUGGCUAUGCACUACAUGCAUCUUGCGUUGGUAGUUAUGGUUAUGGAUUUAUGCUUCAAUAGACACGAAGUAGACGAGAUAGAGAUCAAGGCUAAGGUGAGGGCGGCUUUCCAGAAGUUUGAUGAUGACAGACACAUCUCUCCGCUUCCUAGUCGUUUCCUAAGUUCAUUACGCGACGUCUUGCAGAAGCAUGAAGUAUAUCUGACCCAUCAAACCGCUUCAACACCCGAGAAUGCUGCUGGCGUAACCAGUGGGAGUAGUGCUGGUAGCUUCAGUCUUCUUCCUGACAUCCAGAUGCAGCCGGAGCUUAGUCUAGAUAUGCAAACCACAGAGGGUGGCCUUGAUGUUAGUUCCUUCGACGAAUUCUGGCAGUUUGCAAGUCAAAGCGAGAUGAAUCCCGAUUCGAUAACGUGGGAUAACCUGUUCGCAGCUCUCGAUGCGAGGCCCAUAUGAUGGAACUUGACGAAAUAACUCGCCUCAAGGAAACCUUCGAAGAAACGAGGCACCAUUUCUCGAGUUCUUUAUUAUACCAUCCCAUGCCUUGGGAAAUUUGUGGUCGUAUUGUUUUUUGCUAGGGCGUUUAUUACGAAUCAUUGCAGUCCAUGAUCCUAUGCGUAGGCAAUGUUAACUCUACCUGAGCUGCAGCAGUCGGGACCGAACUUAAACGAGGUAAUUUUUACCUCCUCCUCCUCCUCGAAUAACGCGGAGAUAUAAGGAUUUGACAGUUUAUGUAUGGGGUGGCAGGUUGUCCUUGCGGGCCGUAGCCGAUGCCGGCCCAAUUAGACUGUUAUUCAAAUGCAGUUGAGAAGGGUUAAAAGAGGUUGGCUAGGGAAGUGAUUGGUAGUUGGGUAUGUGACAGAAGUUAAUAAACGGUUGGCUGCAUGGUACAUUUCAUAGAGUUAGGAUGAAUACUUCGAUUUUACUCUACCAGACUAAUAUAAUCCCGCUGUUUCGAC